CCUCUGAGGUGCCUUCCAUUCCCCACCAUGUCUUGGCUCUCUCUCUCUCUGCUUUAACACGUUCUCCUAGACCUCACAUUUUCUAGUUUGCUCUCUCUCUCUGCGUGUCUGUGAUCUUUUCUGCAGCAAUCCCUCAAAAGACUUCAAGCAUUGCUCACGUUGAAUCGCAGUUUUUUCUCCAACAGUUUCGUCUAUGGUUCUUGUCAACUCUCUGUGUAGAACAGAAGUUCUAAACAUAGAGCAUCAGAUAUGAAAGCUUUGUUUACUGGCAAUGAACAAAGCUUUCUUCUUUUGCUUCUCUCUAUUUAUCUACUCCAUUUACUCCCACUGAAAGCUUCCAUCAAUAGAACUGCCUCUCUCUCUCUCUCUCUCUCCCUGUCACAGUCCUACCAAUAAAACUGCACAUUUAAUCAUUUUCUUAUCUCUAUUUCUCGAUAGAUUUGAGACACCAAGCUUGGUGUGAGACAGAGAGAAGACGGGAGGGAUUGUGCGCGCGCCUCUCUACUACCUUCAAAAACACGUAAUGGCCACUUCCACCAGCACUCUGCUCCUCUUCUCGCUUCUCUUCACCACCACUGUUACCACCUCCUCCACUUCUCUCCACCGUCACCUCCUCCACCAACCCUUUUUCCCUCUUACUACCACCGUCCCUCCAAUCCAACCUCCUUCUUUUUCUCCCCAAGUUCAACCUCUGCCUCAAACCCAACCAAAAUAUCCUUUCUCCGCCACUCCCCACACGCCACAAAAACCUUUCUUCCCUUCUUUACCUUCCCCUCCUCCUCCUCCUCCUCCUGUUUCUACUCUAGCCACUUUCCCGGCUAACAUUUCCUCCUUCCUCUUUCCCCACCCUCCCUCCCCCACCUCCCAUCGCCACAUCAUCAUCUCCAUCUCCAUUUCUGUUUCGCUCCUUUUUGGUGCUAUAGUAGCAGCACUAUCUGCUUUCUUCCUCUACUCCCGCCGCCAGCACCACCACUAUGUCAACACCUCCGAGAAUAAGUCACGAUCCGACAGCCUUCGUCUUUUCCCACCAAACACUAUCCCUUCCGACGGUUCUCCCAAGCCCCCUAAGCUUCCACCUAGGCCAGGCGUUCCCAACACCAGCUCAGAGUUCCUCUACCUGGGUACAUUAGUAAACUCUCGAAGCGGGAUCGAUGAUCAUCAGAAGGUUACGAAUUCGAGCCAUACUGGAGUCAAGAUUGGCGUAUCAUCCUCCCCAUAUCAGAAACUGGGUUCUCCAGAGCUGAAACCACUGCCACCAUUACCCAAACAUAACUAUACACCUAGCUAUAGAAGUGGAGAGGUACUGUUUAGCUCUUACAAGGAUAAUGAAGCUGAUACGGAUACAGAGGAAGAGGAGUUCUUUUCGCCUAGAGGGUCAUCUGGGCGAAAAGAGACUAUUCAAGAGAGUCCGGUUCGUAUGGGGUCGAGUUCUAGAAGAGAGCUUCAAGGUAUGCAGGGAGCACAUUUUGGGUCUAGAAGUUUCAAUUCAAGAACUGCAUCGUAUCCGUAUUCACAUUCUUGUUCUCCACCAAAUUCCAUACCUACUAGUCUCUCUCCAGUGUCGAAUUUAAGUCCUACAAGCUCAAAAUCUAAAUCGCCGGAAACUAUUAUCAGCUUCCCUGCUCCAAUUCAGUCCGUAAAGCGAUCACCAUUGUCCAUUUCUUUAUCUUCUUCACCGUCCUUUUCAGGGAGAGAUUCAGGGAAUACCCAGAACUCUCCGGAGCGAAAUUCAGGUUUUCUUGGGCAGAAUAAUCUCUCCCCCACUAGAAUCGAGAGUGUUACUAAGCAGUUUCUAACAACAAAACUGCCGCCACCUCCUCCACCCCCUCCUCCCCCGCGGUUUUGGGAGAUCCCGGUGGGGGUAACGCCUGCUCGGGAUGUGAAUAUGGGGAGUUCUGGGCCUUCGGCUCUUGUUACUUCUUCGAGGCCCCUUUUUAUUCAAAGUGCAAAGCCAAUUUUAGCUAAUGAGCAAUCUCAGAGCAGUGCAAGCGUUGAGAGGAAUGAGGAAACCCUGAAACCAAAAUUGAAGCCUUUACAUUGGGAUAAAGUUAGAGCGAGCUCUGAUCGGGCUAUGGUGUGGGAUCAGAUGAAAUCCAGUUCUUUUCAGUUAAAUGAGGAAAUGAUUGAGACUCUGUUUACUGUAAACAAUUCGAAUUUGAAUGCCAAAGAUAAUAAUGCAAGGCGGCAGUCCCUUCCAUUGCAGAACCAGGAAAAUCGGGUGCUUGAUCCCAAGAAGUCUCAGAAUAUUGCAAUAUUGUUGAGGGCACUAAAUGUCACCAUUGAUGAAGUGUGUGAGGCCCUUUUGGAAGGCAACUCAGAUACAUUGGGAACAGAUCUAUUGGACAGUUUAUUAAAGAUGGCACCAACUAAAGAAGAAGAGCGCAAACUAAAGGAGUUCAAGGAUGAGUCACCAUUUAAGCUUGGUCCUGCAGAGAAGUUUCUAAAAGCAGUGCUUGAUAUUCCUUAUGCAUUUAAGAGGGUCGAUGCAAUGCUUUAUAUUGCUAAUUUUGAUUCAGAAGUUGAAUACCUCAAAAGCUCUUUUGGAACCCUGGAGGUAGCUUGUGAAGAAUUGAGAAACAGCAAAAUGUUCCUGAAGCUUCUAGAAGCAGUGCUCAGGACUGGGAACCGCAUGAAUGUUGGUACAAACCGCGGCGAUGCCCAGGCCUUCAAGCUUGACACGCUCCUUAAGCUGGUUGAUGUCAAGGGGACUGAUGGGAAAACUACUCUCCUGCAUUUUGUUGUUCAGGAAAUUAUCAGAUCUGAAGGUUCUCGCAUUUCCGGUGUAAAUGAGAAUCAAACAGCUGAGAAAACUCAACAAUCCACUUUCCAGGAUGAUGUUGAAUUUAGAAAGCUUGGCCUGCCCGUUGUUUCUGGAUUGAGUGGAGAGCUCACCAAUGUAAAGAAAGCUGCAGCAAUGGAUUCAGAUGUGCUUAGCAGUGAAGUUGCAAAACUGGCCAUGGGAAUUGCAAAAGUAAGGGAGGUUUUGAAACUAAAUGAGGAAAUUGUGUUGAAGGAGAGUAGCAGGAAGUUCUCAGAAUCAAUUAAUGGAUUCCUGAAGAAGGCAGAGGAAGAGAUUGUUAGGAUUCAAGCACAAGAGAAACAUACUCUCUCCUUGGUGAAGGAAAUAACAGAGUAUUUCCAUGGGAACUCAGCCAAGGAAGAAGCUCAUCCAUUUCGGAUAUUUAUGGUGGUGAGGGAUUUUCUUUCCAUUCUUGAUCAGGUAUGCAAAGAAGUUGGGAAGAUCAAUGAGCGAACUAUAUACAGUUCAGUCCGUCCAAUGCAGAUAAAUCCAAACCUUCCACCAGUUUUUCCUGGAUUCAAUGGAAGACAGCAUUAUGGCACAUUGGAUGAUGAAAGUUUAUCAUUUUCCUAGUGUUGAUCUCUACCUUAGGUGAGACUGAAAAUCUGCUGAAUCUCUCCCUAUCAGAAAAUCAGUGGCACAUUCAAGAUAUGAUUUAAAGUGUCCUCUUUUUAAUUUUUUAAUCUAAAUAUUUUGGCUCUCGAGAUUUUGGAUUUGUUUACUUUGUGUAAUAUACCAACGGAUUAUGUCAGGACAUAACAAGGAUAAAGUAGCAAUGCUGGAAUAGUUGAAUCUAUCAUGUAAAUUUGUUAGAAGCUGAAUUGAUGUCUUGCUGUUCCUAUAAA